GAGCCUCUCAUCACCCGAGCCUCUCAUCACCCGAGCCUCUCAUCACCCGAGCCUCUCAUCGCCGAAGCCUCUCAUCGCUUUCCCGCCCCAUCACCCGCGACAAGAUCAAUAAGAAGAAGAAGAGCUGCACCCGUACAACGCGGUGAGUGGAAGGCAGUAAGCCGAAAUACGUCAAGAGUGCACUCCAUAACACAGCCUUGACGUUGGAACUUCAGUUCAUGAUGGACAACUCACCGUUUGCCCGGUUGAGCCCCGAGCUCCGAAACAUGAUUUGGAAGCUAGCCGUCACCCAAAAUCGUCCCAUCAGCCUCGAUUGCUACGAGAACCCCGAGCCCCCGAUUACUCGCGUCUGUGAACAAAUUCGGCAGGAGAGCAUCGGUCUGUUUUACGGCGGAAACAUCUUUCUAGAAAGCUUGGGUAACGCUCAAUAUUUCGCCAACGAGGAGCUCCGAGCUUCGUAUGAAGCCAUCGGGCCAGAGAGAUAUGGUUUGAUCAGACAGUUCGAGAUCUGGACCGACAAUGUCAGCGAAACCCAGAUCACGGAGAGGUAUGUCAUCAAGACGGAGACGGAAGAAGUGCUUGAUGGGCGCCGGCUGUUCGGCGUCCCGGUCAGUAAAGAAUGUUUCCGGGGUCCACAGGUCAUCAGGAUUACAGCCCACCAUUCUAUGCCCAAGGCAUUCACAUCGGAGUGGGUGCGUGGAUCCGACAACUACUACCGGCGUGUUGAAGACUCCCAAUCCAUCUGGGUGCAAGAACGCAUCAAGGCAAUUCAGGAGGGAAUCAAGAAGGAUCGGGAUGAAGAGGACAUCGAAGACUCGAUCGGCUACGCCUCAUCUGUCGACUACGUCGGGUCCUAUUGUGACAAUGGUGGUUUCGACAGUGAUGACGAGUCGGCGUUAGCUCUGGCUUAGCACACGGGCCUGACCACGGGCGAGUGAAGUCGCGAUCCACGACCUGUGCAGAGGAAGACCAGCGAGCGUACUGUGAGGUGGCGCGGGAGGCAGAUAUGCAUGUGCUCGAAUGGCAGGUUGUGGAGAAGAUUGAGGUUGUUACGGGCGGUGAGCAGGGAGUGGUGUAAGAUUGGAGUGGACCUUCCCAUGAGCGUGAAUGUACCUUCCUCAUGAAUU